CCCGACCAGACCGACCUGCAUAGUACUUCGCAACCACGAUCUACUACUACUACUCCUACUACUGACUCACUAUCCAUCUGUCUAUCUCCUCACCGACUCACACUCCCGUCACUCAUACCAUACACAUCACACCCUCCCCAUAUCCCCACAAAAGAAAUGCCCAAAAAGACCUCCAAACAGCCCCCCUCAUCCACCCCCAAAUCCCAUCUCCAACAAAAACAGCAGCAACCCAACUGGCCCCCUCUCCGCCCACUCAUCCCCUCCACCUCUCUCACCCUCGACCCUCUCGUCCCCGACCAAAUCUACCUGAUCCGGAACUUCUUCCCCUCGACGCUCUGCAAAACCUACACUUCAUUUCUGGCCUCCCUGCCACUGACCACCACCCCGGGCAAACCCAAAAAGGGCGAUGCAGUACGAGUCAAUGAUCGGUUUCAGAUCCAGGAUGAGGGGUUCGCGGAGGGACUUUGGUCGGGGACAGCGUUAAAGGAGAUGGUUUUGAAUGCGGGGGGAGGAGAUGAGUAUGAGGAGGAGGAGAGUAAAGAAGAGGAAACGACGCGAGACGUGAAAGAUAUCUGGGGCGGAGAACCCAUUGGGCUGAACGGGAAUAUUCGUAUAUAUCGGUAUUCGAAGGGGCAGUUUUUCGACAAACAUUAUGACGAUUCCAAUGCUAUUACUUUCUCCUCGCCCGGUCGUCCGCCCCGUGCGGCCCGCACCACUUGGACACUUCUCAUCUACUUGACGAGCUGUGAGGGAGGGGAAACCGUCUUUUAUCCAGAGGCGACCCGCUUCAAUCGCAACCCGGAGCCCGUGUCGGUGGCUCCGGUGCCGGGGAUGGCGCUGCUGCAUCGGCAUGGAGAUCGGUGUAUGCUGCAUGAGGGGAAGGAGGUGCGGGAGGGGGAGAAGUGGGUGUUGAGGAGUGAUUUGGUGGUUGCGCGAUGAUCUAAGUAGUACCAUUGACGGAUACAGAUACAGGAGACUGCUGGUUCUGAGUGCUAUGCUGUAUUAUAAAUAUCAUCUUACGCAUCCCAUCGACACGGUUAAGUACUUGUGUACAUGUCAACCAUAUAUGUAUCCUUCGUAGCCAAUGAGCUAUUAUAAACAUAGAAACGGCAAAAGACAGGAAAUAACCCAGGUGGUUUAUCGAUGACACACUGACAUGUCCGAUCGCAGCCACCGAAGUGAGCAGCCUUGGGGCUGUGGCUUCCUGCGCGACUCGGCCAUGA